AUGGGGGACGAGUCGGACGGGGAGGCGGAGGAGUACCUGUUCAAGGUGGUGAUCAUCGGGGACAGCGCGGUGGGGAAGAGCAACCUGCUGUCCCGGUACGCGCGCAACGAGUUCAACCUCCACUCCAAGGCCACCAUCGGGGUGGAGUUCCAGACGCAGAGCAUGGACAUCGACGGCAAGGAGGUCAAGGCCCAGAUCUGGGACACCGCCGGCCAGGAGCGCUUCCGCGCCGUCACCUCCGCCUACUACCGCGGCGCCUUCGGCGCGCUCCUCGUCUACGACAUCUCCCGCCGCUCCACCUUCGACAACGUCGGCCGCUGGCUCCAGGAGCUCAACACACAUUCUGACACUACCGUAGCCAAGAUGUUGGUAGGCAACAAAUGCGAUCUGGAUAACAUCCGCGAAGUGCCUGUCGAGGAAGGCAAGGUGCUCGCCGAAGCCGAAGGCCUGUUCUUCAUGGAGACGUCGGCUCUGGACGCCACGAACGUGAAGACGGCUUUCGAGAUCGUCAUCAAGGAGAUCUACAGUAACGUGAGCCGGAAGAUCCUGAACUCGGAUUCUUACAAGGCCGAGCUGUCGCUCAACAGGGUAAGCAUUGACGGCGACUCGAAAGAUGACCAGAAGCAGACGAGCCGGUUCGGGUGUUGCUAG